AUGUUUCUAGAACAAGUACGGCACCUCUUCAUGAAGACCUCUUAUUUUUCAGAAGCCCAAAGCAAAAAGUCACCUACAGGAAAACACACCUGCCGAAAAGGACUCCUCUCCCAGGUGACAGAGAACCUGUAUGUCAAGGCAACUAGUUUAAAAUCAUCUGUUCCUACAAACUGCAGUGUUCGAGAUCAGCUCCUCUCCUUCUAUGUGAAAAAUGUCUUCAGUCGUCUUGAGGAAGGAAGUGCCAAGUUGUACUUUAUUAGUGCCUUCCAGGUCCUGCAAGCAAACAUGGAUGCAUGUAGUGAUCUUGUGGGGAGUGUGCAAGGUGGUGGAGAUCCCAUGGAGCCAAGCCACUUCCCUCCUGAUGAUGUCACCUUGUGCUGCCCUCUCAUCACUAAAGCUGCAAAGAAGCAGGGUGGUCACCGGGAGAAAUGUGGCUCCUCAAGUUUCUGUGAUGUUCCAGUGCUUGGAGAUCAGGGAAUCUACAAGGCCAUCCAUGAACUGGACAUUCUCCUUCCCUGGAUUCAGGCCUACAUACAAACCAUCAUAUGA